AUGCUUCUGAGCCCCUUCCGACCAUGUGAGGGCUCUCCAACCUCCCAAGAGGAAUACCGGAAUGGUAGCUACGUCCCACAGGUGAUUGAAACCGUGUUGGGCCGCCAGGUUGUGGCGCCAGACACCCCGUACGUGGCUGUUGCCGGCCCCAGCGCCCUAUACUUCAUCGACACCCGAUUUGAUCCGGAACCGGCCCAGCAUAUCAAGCUACAGAUUGAGAAGGCCUCCGUGCCGCAACUAGACGAGUACAUCGCCAUUGACGAGAUUGCGGCCACGGCAGAGGUGAACACCCACUCUGCUUCAAGGCUGUCGACACCCCCAAGAAAGAUGGAGAGACGGACGUAA